CGGCGCUGCGGAACCCACGUGCACAGGGCCUUGUUUCCGGCGGUGGGUGUGAGCUUGUGACCGGCCGGGCUGUUAGGAGGCUCAGCAUGGUGGGCAAAGUGAGGCGGCCCCGAGCCCGGCUGCACGCGGCCGCGGUGAAGGCGGCGCGACCGGCUCCGAGCGCCAAAGAGACGGAGGCGUCGGUGGCGGCAGCGGCCACGACCACGACCACUUCGCGCCCCACAGAGGUGACAGCGUGGAGCGGAGCUGGGGGUCAGGACUGGGGAUUGGUGACCUCGGAUAUCUUUGCUGGGACCACCAUCGACCCGAAGGCUUUGGUUCAGAAAUUGGACUCGGACACAAGAAGCGUCAUCUCAGCCGGUGCAGGUACUGAAGCAAAACCUGUUUUGUCCAAGAAAGAGAAGAUGAAGCUGCGACGGGCCAGGUGGCUCCAGAAAAUAGAUGCGAUCAAAGCGGCAGAAGAGACGCGCAAGGCGGAGGCAAGGCGGAAGGCCACAGCUGUUGUGGGAGACCUGCACCCCCUCGUGGAGGCCUUGCCUGAGCUUUCGGAGCUGGUGACGGCCAGCCGGCCCGGGAGGAAGCUCAAGAGCACCCCAAGGCAAAAGGCUGAGCCCACGGAUUUUAGCCGUAUGACCCCGGCCCAGAAGCGUAAACUCCUAGAUGAUGAGAUGGCCCGGUUCCAGGAGGUGGUCACCAGCCCGUCCUAUCAAGCUGACCCUCUGAGAGCCAUCGGCGAGCAUCUCUCUAAGAGGCUGAGACAGGAAGAGGAGUGCAGGAGGCUCUAGGUCUGGAUGGCGGCAGAGGCUGGAGAUGGAGGCUGGGGACAGCAGUGGAGGCAGUGCCUGACUCUGGAAUGCCUGGGGCUCCUCAUGCCCCUGACCCUCCAUUUGGGAGAGGCCAGCAGUGGUGGCCUGACCCCCUACCUCACAGGGAUGUUGUGAGGGGCAGCUAAUAAAGUGACCCCUGAGGGCUUUGGAAA